GAUGGCUUUGGAUGGUCAAAUGGGGUCAUAUUAGAUUUGCUAACAACGUAUUACGACCGGAUACGCGUCGACCAGAAAGAUUUGCCAAAAAAACCGGAUACUGGAACAACGGACCCAACAGAAGCUAUGUCAACAAAAGCAACUGAGCCAACAAAAGCAGCAUCCAGCCUAAGCCCAAGCUAUGUUCGGGCUACCAUUGCCACAGUCAUUGGCACUUUUCUCAUCUGUUCAUACCGGCACUGA